AUGGUUACAUCGCUUCGCAGCUUUGCUCUUGGUUGCAUUGUAUUUUUGCUUUCGCAGCAAGUUGUUACCGGUAUAACGUGUUACUCUUGCACCGCUUGUAGUAGCACCAGUGGUGCAUCAACUGUCAGUUCAUCGGUCAGCGGUGCACAAUGCUACACAUAUACUUACAGUUCUUACUACUACACUUACUACAACCUUGGUGUUUCAACAUCUUGUUCGUCACUUGGAAGUGGCUAUAGUUGUUGCUCAACCAACCUUUGCAAUGCUGGUACUUCCAAAUUCAGCUCACGUAACUUGGCUUUUGCUCUUUUGGCUGUUGCUAGCACCGUUAGAGCGAUUAUCGCCCAUUGA